AUGCUUCGGACGCCUCCAUCAAGACGUGAACCCAGUCCCAAUCGCGAAGGAGACAUCGACACCAACCCCGACCAGCGAGCUAUCCGCAGGCAGGGAGGCGUACCACCAGAGCACGGGCCGCUACCCGACAAGAACCGGAAGACCAAGGCCAUGAUUACGACAGCGGCAACGAUGACAGCCACUGUGCCACCGUCCGCGAAAGUCGUGCUGCAUCAACCCAGGGAGCCGCGAACCUUCCGAGGAUCAUCCUUCGAAGACCCAGAAAGCUGGCUCGAAGCGUACGACCGGGUGGCCGUUUUCAACGCAUGGAUCAGUGAAGACAAGCUACGGCAUGUCUACUUCACCUUGGAGGACGCAGCUAGGACAUGGUUCGAGAACCAAGAGCGAACCCUGACAACAUGGGACGUUUUUCGCACCAGGUUCCUGGCAACAUUCACCAGCGUUGUCCGCAAGGAGAGGGCCGAGGCUCUGCUCGAAACCCGCGUGCAGCUGCCAAACGAAAACGUGGCACUCUUCACAGAAGAAAUGACGAGACUGUUCCGCCACGCAGACCCUGAGAUGCCCGAGGAGAAGAAAGUUCGCUUCCUCAUUUGCUGCUCCCGGCCUUUCAUCUAA